UCAUAAAGGAAGAUCACUGAUAUGUUUUAUAUGAAACAAGACAAGGCAGAGGGGUUGAAUCUGUGGUGACUUUUGUGACCAACGACUGCUUGGUGACUAACGACUGCUUCCCUUUUUUCUCGUUGAAUUUGUUGUUGUAGAUUCAAAGAACACGAUGUUCACUAAUGUAACCAGGAUAAAGGAUUUCUUCAUUGUUGGAUUUCCCGGGCUUUCACCAGACUACUAUAUACCCGUGUCAGUCGUGCUUUUCAUUCUCUACUUGGUGAUAGUGGGAGGAAACAUUUUUAUUUUAGUGUUUGUCAAAUGUGAAAGUUCUCUUCAAAAACCCACGUAUCUGAUCUUCUGCCACCUCGCUAUGACAGACUUAGCGUUCGGGACGGCGACUCUUCCAAAGAUCAUUUCGAAAUACUGGUUCGACGACAGCGUCAUUUCGUUUUACGGCUGCUUCGUGCAAAUGUAUUUCGUCCACUUUCUCGGAGCGACUCAUUCGUUCAUCCUGAUGGUGAUGGCGCUCGAUCGCUCCAUUGCCGUUUGCGCUCCGCUGCGUUACACGGCGGUUUUCACCAACACCACAGUCUCUGUGCUGUGCGGAGUAUCAUGGAUUCUGCCAUUAUCAUGGAUGGUGGGUAUAGUUGUUGAUGCUCUGACGUUGCCUUUUUGCAAUUCCAAUGUUAUUCUUCAGUGCUACUGCGACCACAUAGCAAUCACACGACUUGGGUGUGAGAAUGUGAGAGAAGUUCAGGUUGUUGCGUUCGUUGGGGCCAUGUUCUUUCUGUUGGUGCCUCUGGGCUUCAUCGUGUCUUCUUACUUUAUCAUCAUCGUGGCUGUUAUUCGUAUUUCCAACUCUGAGGGUCGUAUGAAGACUCUGUCCACCUGCACGCCGCAGCUUCUCAUCACCUUCAUCUAUUACAUGCCGAGGUGCUUUGUGUACCUGGCGAACAAUGUUGGAUUCAGGUUCAGCGUUCCUGUUCGCAUUGUCGUUGUCAUGCUGUACAGCCUGUUACCUGCCGCCAUCAACCCCAUAAUAUAUUGUUUCAAAACCAAGGAUAUCAAGGAAAGUCUGAAAAGGAGAUUCCUUGUCAGGAAAAUUAACACAAGCUCAAAGACGUGAUGAAAUACAAUCUCAAAAUAAUAUUGUUUAAAUAAAUAAGAAAAUACAGUGAUGCUUUUACAUCUCUUUGUGUUUCAGAAUAAAUGUUUGUUGACACAA